UACGAAACUCGUCUCGUGAGAAUUUGGGGUACGCGCUUGUUAUGUCCGUCCUUUAUUCGCAAAAUAAUCGUUUGAGCAGCCCGCCUAGUAUACUUCAGUCGGUUACCACGUGCUUUCGCGUGAAGGAGUCUUUUAAUCGCGUUCGCGGAUGUCGUAUGGUAUUAAUUAUUAAAUCUAUCAUAAUUGUGUUUUGUAGAUUAAAUUCAUCUUUUGGAUAUAUUUAGUUUUCGAAAAGAAACAUGUCAUUAUCUAGGAAAUAUUUCAAAAGAAUCCCGAUUCAUAUAGUAGAGGACCAUGAUGAGGUUCUAUCGUUCAUUUAUCGAUGUUUGGGAUCGAAACAUCUUCCAUUUGAAGGAAAUACAUUUGUGCAUUUAGAUUCACAUCCUGAUAUGCUUAUACCGAAAACAAUGUUGGCAAACACCGUGUGGGAUAAAAAUCAAUUAUUUAGUGAAAUUAGCAUCGAAAACUGGAUAUUACCCGCUGCGUACGCCGGUCAUUUUAAGCACUUGAUCUGGGUCAAACUACCGUGGGCAAAUCAGAUAGCUGAUGGCGUGACAACCUUUUUCAUCGGCAAACAUAAGGACAAUGGAUCAAUAAGACUCACGUGCCCGGAGCCUUAUUUCGUCAGCGAGGGCCUCUACACCGGUCUCGAGGAAUUGGAGAACACACGUGAGAUCACUCUACACGUGAUGACCAUUGGCAGUUUCAUCGAGGAUCCAACGAAGAAAGAUGAUUUUCUUGCGGUUAGCUCUGUUUUACGUCAAUAUCUGCCUGAGAAAGAUACACCGUACAUUUUAGACAUCGAUCUGGAUUUCUUCAGCACCAAGAAUCCUUUCAAAAACCUAUACGAUCGCGUAAAUCUCUACGAUAAACUUGCAACUCUCUACGCUUUUCAUCGGCCCGAUUCAACGGAUCACGAGGAUUCGACGGACAUAAUGGCAACUGGCCCCAUUGUCUACGUAGCCUGCAGACUGCCAACAUCCGCUUUCGAGGGCGGCCACGCCGGCUCAUCUGCAUCCCAGCCUUCAACCCCUUCGAGUGUUUGGUUUCCAGCAUCGUGGAUGCAAAUUUCCAUCCCCGCGGAUCCUCCCCGAACCGUUCGAUUGCCAUCGAUCACCGGCGGAACAACCAACACCCGGAGCUUCGUAUCGACCGCCAUUGUUCUUAGGAAAGAGGAAACUAUUGUGGGGUGGGUGGAUGGUGGUGGUGAUUCGUUGGUAGGGCAUCGUUAGGUUAGGCACGUCUGGGCUGAAGAAGGAUUCGGAAGAAGUAGUGCCUCGUAGCGUUCUUCCGACACUUUUUCCUUUCUCUUUUUAAUCAGCGAGAGAGAAAAUGAAUUUAAAUAUUCUUUCUUAAAGGAAGGAUGUAGAUUUGAUUAAUCGUGCAAUUAGAUAGAUGUAUUUUAUUCCCUUAAGAAUCAUAAUGAUGGAACGAUAGUUAUUAUUAUUCGUUGGAAAUAUGGAAAUCGAAUUUAUACAUCCAAAUUUAAUUUUUUAUUCUUCUCUGAGAAUAAUUUUCAAGAAGAAAAAUAUAUUUACUUGUCUCUUAAAUUAUACAAUCACUUAAACCAAAUACUCGAAACUUCCAUCAAGAAAAUUUCGUUCACGUGCUUUCACGACAUCAUCGUACGUUUCAUUUCAAAAGAAACGUGCCCGACAUCAAUCGAAUCCGAGAAACGUUCUCCCGUUAAACUUCUUCAAACGUUCUCCCGUAACCCAUCUCGAGACAUCUCGUAGAAUCGAAAUCCCCGUGUAACAACACGAUCCUCCAAUUAAUAAUUCACGAAGUAAAUCGGCGAGGCCGUGACUGGCCCCAUUCAUCCAGCCGUAUCGCUCCACUCUUCUCCUCGUACUUCUCACGAAUCCGCUCUCCAUGCGAAUCCCUUCGAGAGGCAACCGCGACCUAGUUUCGAUCCUCGAAGAACGCCGAUUCACCCGAUCCGAUCCGAUCCGUC